UUUUUUUUUUUUUUCCCUCUUAAAUUAGAAAACACCUCUUAAUUUUCAGACAUCUUCUUAUUAGAAAAAUAAGAACACGCGGCGUUUCCUGUUUUGCUCACAAUCGCAUUCUCUUCUAUUUCAGGGCACAGCCUCUUUUUUCCCUCCCAACCAUCAACGACGCCUCUCCUUUACUCCAAUCUGUUGCAGCUCCGAUCCCCUCUGCUGCCGCCGUCGUCGGCUUCGCCUGUGGCGCCUUCGUCUUCGGCUCCAGCUGCAUCGCCGGCAUCUUCUGCAGUCGGCCGAUUCUUUCGCCAGUGCCACCAUCACCACCGGAAGCAAAGCUCUCCUGGUCCCUCAUCUACAACACAGCUCUUGAUCUUAAAAAUUCAGAUCCUGCCAAACAGAUAACCAAUCCCUUUGACAUUUUUCUCCUCGAAUCAGCUAAAUCAACGCUCUCCUUCACGUCCACGGGAGUUGAAGCUAAUAGAUUGGAGCCUCCCCUCCAACCCCUCUUCCCGUUGACGUCGACCCUUCAAUGAUUCCUCCCGUCAGUAUAAUCUCAAGGGUUCAUAAUUCCAUAGUUCAAGCUUCAUUCCAUUGCAUCUGAAUAUGCUUUGUGUUGUUAUCAUUCAAUCUUCAUAGUUCUAUGUUGGAAUCGUUGAUUGAAAUUGAAGAAAAUGAUUCAAUUUUGGGUGAGGUUCAAUCUCGUUCCUAAAAACUUAUAUGAGACUUUUUUGCGGACAAAAAUACCCCUGCGUGCUGAAUAUUAGAGCCAAGCCAAGCUGUUAGUCCUUCAAAACAUGAGUGAAGCAGUUCCAUCCAGCUACUCGGACCCUUCUUCUCUUCUAUAUCAAUUAGAGUCCAUUCUCGAAUCGGAUCCUUUAAUUGAUGAAGUGGGGUUUGUUCAUCCAUCCCAAUUUGCUUCCAUGAGUGACACUUCACAAGCUAAUACCACCGAAAUGUCUUUCUGGAGUAAAGAUCACAAAGUGGGCAUCUCAACCGAAUCAAUCCACCCAUUAUACACUGCUGCUAAACAUGCAUUUAUGUCUUCACUACAUCAAUAUAAGAUGUUGAUCCCUUUACAUUCAAAGAAAGUAGAUAAUAUCUCAGCCACUUCAUCUCCCCUAACUGGUCUUGAAAACGAACUAAUGAAGCAUAGCAGAGCCCUUUUGCUGCUGAGUUGUGAUUUUGGAACUGCAUGGAAUUGCAGAAAGGAAGUUGUCUUAAACAAACAAGACAUUAGGCUAUAUCUUGAUGAGCUUUCACUUUCAAGUUUGGUUCUUUCAUGUUCACCAAAAAGCGAGCGUACAUGGAGCCAUAGGCGAUGGGUGAUCAAGAUGAUAGCUGGAAAGUGUACAAAUCUUGAAGAGAUUUUGAAAAACGAAUCUGAUUUAGCUAACAGAAUAGCAGAGAAGUCAAAGAUGAAUUAUCGUGCAUGGAAUCAUCGAUGUUGGUUAGUUUCCUACAUGCCCGAGAGUCAGGUGAUUGAUGAGUUAAUCAAAUAUAGAGAUUGGGCUGGAUUACAUGUUGCAGAUAACUCUUGCUUUCAUUAUCGAACUCGGUUAAUGAGCAGGACAUUAGAAGAUUCAUGGUAUAAACAAGACUUAAAAGCAACAGAAAUUUGUCAACUUUGGAAGGAAGAGAUAACAUGGAGUGAGAUAUUAAUCAAGCGUUACAUAGGUCGAGAGGCCUUAUGGCUUUACAGGCGUUUCUUGUCAGUGUGCUGGAUGAAGCAUUUUGCAGGUCAUAGUCAUACGGGUGGGAGUGGGAGUGGGAGUGGGACCCAUUUGGAUUUAUUUGUGGAAAAUGAAAUAAAACUUUUCCGAUGGUGUAAAAGGAUCCCGGAUAAUGUUUUUGAGGAUUAUCAAGCACAAGCAAUGUUUGCUGCUACUUAUAUAAUAUGGUUGAUCAAGGAAAUGGAUGAAGAUGAAGGUGUGAGGAGUAGGAGGAGUGUAGUAGUGGAGAAGGUAGGAGAAGAAGUGGAACAAGUGGUGAAUAAGGUAUGCCCUGAGAAGGCUUUUCUUUUGGAUCUUAUGCUAACAAAAACCAAAGUAUGACAUGGUGAUGAUAUGUUUAGACUUAGAAGUUGUUGUAAUCCAUAAAAAAUUAUAGAUUCAAUAUAUCGCCUAUAUUCAUAAAUAGGAUAAACUAUAUUGCUAUUUUUCUGUAA